CCGUCCGCUGCCACCCUGGCGCUGCGCUGCAUGGAUGGCGUCUUCCUCUCGCCCAACGAGGAUGAGUUCGUGGGCAGGAUCGUGGAGGAGCUGGAGCACUUCAUGCUGCAGGGGCAGCACCACAGAGUGCUCCUGUUCCCCCCUCUGUCCAGUCGCCUCAGGUACCUGAUCCAUCGGACCGUGGACAACGUGGAUUUGUUGAGCAGCUUUUCUGUGGGAGAAGGAUGGAGGAGGAGGACGGUCAUCUGUCACUCAGCCGUAAGGCUGCCCAGCGAGACUAGCGACCAAAAACCCAGCAGCAACCCACCGAGACCGCACCGACCUCCGCAGCCGUGGGGCCGGGGGAGCCGAGGCGGCAGGCUGCGGCACGGCGGGGAUGUGCACGGUGACAACUCGCGAGCCUGCGUGGGGUCUGGCAGGAUAAAAAGGCCGCCCUGGAAGAAACCAGAUAAAGCCCUGUAUGUCCCCAAGGCGAUGCGCAAGAAGGCGGAAUGGGGGGAGCAGGGGAGCCCGAUGGCGGCUGGCACCGAGUCAGGCGGGGAUAUGGCACAAGAGGAAGAGAUCUGCCCUAAAGCUUCAGUCGGGGACGCCCAGGAGGAAUUGGGGAAGUCUGAAGGCAGCCCGGCUGGCGUCUCCUUGGCCCUUGGCAAGCAACAGGAGCCCGGCGAAGAGUGUGUUUCAGGAAAGAAUAAUGAUAACAGAAACGAUGAAUGUCCUCCGUGCAGUACGGAUGUCCCAUCGUUAGAGAAUACUAACGAUUUCUCUGGGCAGGAAAGUCAGGAUAAAGACUGUUCAGAUUCCCUUUCUUCUGUACACAAUAAAAACCCAACUGAAGCGGAAGUGCAAGAUCAGAGCUGCGACAACACUGUUGUACCAGAAGGUACCAAAAUCCUCUGCCAGUUGCAAGCUGAAGACCAAAACAGCCGGGAUACCGAAAGUCGCAGUGGUAACUGCUGUACAGACCCGGCUGCAGUGGAGUCGAAUGCAACGUCGCCGGUGCUGGAAAACCAAGAUAAGAGCUGUGCUGCUGCCAAGAGCCUGGAGAGCGGCGGCAACGUGUCCCUGCCUGAAGAACAGGGCAAGGACGUUGUGAAUGCCGGCAUGGAGGAGGGAGGGAAGAGUUUCUCCAAACUGGAAAGCCAAGAUGAAGAGUGCCCCAGCGUUGCCCAGGUGGAGCGUAACCAGAACCCCCCAGAAGCCCAAAAUGAGCCUCUGGCCACACCUGAGCCGGUCCGUGGUGCCGACCCGUCAGCUCCUGAGGACCAGAACGAGCGCGGGGUUGAUGCUCCUGUGCAGAGCCGCAGCGGGAAGGUGCCGGUGGCAGAAGAGGAGGACAAGGAGCGUUCCGGCUUGGCCGACACGCUGUGGCGUGAGCUGCGUUUGUCCACAGGCGAUAAAGAGGAGAGCGCGGCCAUCCACAGGCAGAGCAGCCUCGAGGAUGACUGUACCGCGGAGCUCUUUGCAGAGAUUGUGGGUUAUUUAACCGUGAAGGACAUAAGCAUUGAGAAGAUCAGCUUUGAUUAUUCCAGCUACGGAGAUGCACAGCUCAGCGAGGGGGAUUUUGGCCACGUAACGGAAAUCUAUGACUUCUCCCCGGCGCUGAAGACGGAGCACCUGUUAGAAGUGUUCUCGGAUUUCCAUGAGAGUGGUUUCAAAAUCCAGUGGGUCGAUGAUACGCACGCCCUGGGAAUCUUCUCCAGCCUGUCUACAGCAUCUCAAGCCUUGGGGCGACGUUAUCCUUCUUUAAAGAUCCGACCAUUGAUCCAUGCAACAAAGCAGUCUAAGACCAAGGCACUUCAGCGACCAAAGCUCCUUCACCUUGCAAAAGAAAGACCCCAGACCGACACUGCAGUGGCGAAGAGGCUGGUGACCCGGGCUUUGGGGUUGAAGCACAAGCAGCAGGGCGUCUCGGACACCGAAGUGCUCCUGCCGGAAAGCUUGGACCAGGAGGAAUAAACCAUCUCCGCUAAAAAAAAAAUGUAUAGAUGAGCAUGGCUGUGAUAUUAAACUGCAUGCAGAACAGUGAGUUGCCACGGGGAUGUUCUCUUACGGAUUAGCACCGUCUUCUCUUUCUAAAGUUGGGAAGGGAAAAAGUUUACUAUUAAUGAGAUCUUGAGCUUGAGAGCCAAGCCCCGUGAGGGUUGCUGUUAGCUCUCCAUUACAGAGAGCAUCUUGCCCUACUCUGUUUCAAAGCGUCUUGUUACUCACUGGGGCAUUUGCAGAAAGUAAGGCUGCGUACAGAAAAGCCUGCUCUGUAAUUAAAAAAAAAAAAAGCAUUAGAGUAAGGGAAUUGUACCUUGUUGGCCAAAAUCCAGCUGUAAGCAAGAGCAGAGCAUCUGCAGGAGUCAAAAAAAUCUGUUUAAUGUUUACUUUGUUGUACUGUUAUUGUUAAAAUAUCCCACAAAGCUGACAAGCAUUGAAUGCAAGUGAGUUUCAGGGGUUUUCCUUAUUUACAUAGUGUUUAAAGAGCCUGACUUUGUUGCACCAGUAGCAAGGAAAGUUGGCAUCCACCAAUUAGGAAAAGAAAACGAGAACUGGCCAGUUCUGCUUUGCCCAGGGCCUGGUGUUACGAGAUGCUGCGAGACACCUUGCUGUGGCAGCAGCAAUAGAGCACCCGACACAUCUCAGGCUCUGCUUUUGCUACACAGUUGAGCAUCGUGAGAACAAAACGGAGUUUUCCAACUUACAGUAGGCUAAAACCCUUUGCUAGAUGCCACUGUCUGGGCCACUGGAUAAAUGACAGAAAUUCUCUGACAGGCAUUAGCAAAAGACUUCUGCAUUCUUCAAGCCUCACAACAUCCCUGUGAGGUAGGUUAUGAAGAGCACAAGGUUAGAUGCAGCCGCUUUCAAUCCCUCUGUGGAUUGAAAUGGUCAGCUAUAAGUAUUCAGUUAACUUCAGCUGCUUGGAGAAGUCUUCCGUACAAACACAGAGGGAGAAAAAAAACUUCAGUACCAGGAAUUGUGAACGAGGCCCUAAACUUUCAUGGAGUAGAAAUACACAAAUGGCAUAUAAAACAUUUUUCUGGGUAAAACAUUUUUAUUCAAGUAGCUGUGUCUGAAAAUCUGUAGCAAUGUGUGGCCUCAAACAAACAGAGGAACACACUUAGCACCAUUGUGAAUUUACCAAGUGUAAAAAUCCUUCUAAAGACAACUUACACAGGUGGGGCUGUGACAGCACAGGUCCAGAUCCCUGAUGAUGAAAGCCAUGAAGUUACCUCUGUAAGGUACAGUGAUGAUACAAUGCCUUAACUAAAUUCAUCCUUUAAAGAAAAGACAGAGUGAAUAUCCAGCUUAGAAGGUAACCUUUAGGUGUACAUAGAAUCUAUUGGGUGAAUAGCUUACUGUGUAAUGGAAAUUCACAGUCCAGUGGACUCAUCAUCAGGAGAUCUGCAAAGUCUUCUCGAUGUUACGAGGGAGGCGUAGCUUCACGAAGCCCUGAUGCACGUGUAGAAAACAGUUCUGCAUCAGCUGCUCCGCUUAAGAGAUUGUGUUGGGAGUUGAUCGUUGAAUACAAGAGUUUCAUUGCAGUAUUAAAUUAUGCUUUAUACCGUUCUGCUCAGAAAAAGCUGCUCCAAUUUUUUUUUUCCUUUCCUGUGUUUCUUUGCUAAAAUGGAGUAAUGACGUGGCAGUGCUGAGGAUUAGCUGUGUUCAAGAAGCAGCGUCACAAAUGGAGGCGUUUGCAUCAAUGGUGCGUUCAAGCUUGAGUCAAAGAGCUUAAAGAUACCAAGAUUAAUGCCUUGAAGAAAAUGAAUGGUAAAAGACACGUUUAGGUUGUUGGUACCCAAACAAAGGCAAGUUGUGCUUGCUGCAGCCUGGACCUACGUCUGUGAAUAAAGAUGGCGCUGCAAAGUGGAGGGAGAAAUCUUUCCGGAGAAGGUUGGAAUGGUGAAGAUACGGAGCCAAGUAGAGUUUAAAAGCCUGCUCCUAACUACCUCAGUCAUAGGGACUGGAGUUACAGGAGACACAUGGUGGUCUGAGCACCUACUCGGGGAAGGAAGGCAC